AUUGAACUAUACAUCUCUCCACAGGGCUAUACACCUUUGCAUUUAGCUGUACAAUUCGGCAAGGAUAAUAUUUUUGAGUUACUUUGCAAUGUUUACAAGGCGAACCGUGACGAUUUGGAUUGGAGUGGACGAAAGCCGUUAGAUUAUCGCAAACAAAGUACAAAAUUGGUUUCCGCUUCCACGUUUAGCAAAAUCAAAGCCAGGAAAAAACAUUCAGAAAAAGACCUGGGUUUUCUUCGAAUUGGAUCCUUGAAUGUGCGGGUGAAAAAAACUACGGAAGCAUUUAGCAAUUUCUUGGGUGUUGGUAACAAUAGUAAUUUGCAAUAUGGAAACAAUUCAAAUGAUAUAAGCCAUCGGGUUCUCCAACCAAGGGGAAGUGUCCCCAUUUCGUCUUUUGAUAUGAUCCAUAAAUCUUGGGGAUCGGCUGAUAAUAUCCCACCGGUAAUGAUGCCACCAAAAUAUAAUACGGUGAAAAAACGAAGAGCAAAGCGUGCUGCUGAGUAUUUGAAUACAGUUCGUAGCGUUCCAACAACACCGAAUCAAUCUCGAUCAAACACGAUUCAUUCACUGUCCGAACAUCCACAAACAGAGUCUGAUUCCGAUACUGCUGCUGGUUUUGAUUCUAACUGGAAAUAAUUUAAGAAUGCAUUCCUGAUAGAUUUAUUCAUUCUAUACAUACGUCAUUAUAUAAAAUUAUUAAAAAUUCAAGCCUUUAUGGGCAGAACUGGAACCGUUUAUUUGUUCUAACAAACUCCUUACGUUCGCAGUUCUUACAACAUAUACGUUCCUAUUUGCGAGCACAUUCAUGGCAAAAGAGGUAACUACUUUUUAAAAAAAUCAGCAGAACUGAAAUUAACAACAAUUGAUUCAAUGUGUAUUACUUAAGUGGUUUUUGUGAUUUAUCUACAGCUAAAUGUAAGAAAAUGAACAUUUUUACUAGAAAUUUAUGUUAAAAUAUUUUUAUCACCUAGAAUCUAGAAAGUUAGAAUAGUUGGAAUUCUAAAAAUUGUCUAUUUAAUAGAUAAAAAAAACAUAUUUUCUAUUAAUAAUUUUCGUAAGCACUCCAAUAUAUAAUAAUUCAAUCCUCACUAAUGAUUUCAAUUAAAAUAAAACUUUUUUUUUGCAACGAAUAUGUUCAUGAAUUACAUUUCGUCAGAACAAUCGUAGUCAGCAAUGUUUAUGAGUAGAUCAUAAGUUUCAAUGAAUAAAUAUUUUAUUUGACUUUUCUACGUUAUCAAAAUAUAAAAA